AUUCGUCUCCGUUGUGGCAACUAUUCAGCCGCGGCUACAGUAUCACCAGAACUACGAUGGAACUCUGGCAUACUCGUGACUUGGGAUCUUCUCUCUUCAGAUCCUGUUUGUUCUGAUCCGUCCAGAGUUCCACGCUUCUCACAACUUCGACUUCAUGACGUUUCGCUGAUAGCCGCCUGUGAAAGUUGUCCGCAGUGUACUCUUCGUCUACCAAUGCGCUACGAGUGGCCAUUGGGUUCGUCGAUCAACACAAUCUACAUAGUCGCUCGUCAACCACCGUACAACCGUAUUCAUACCGAUAUGGAUAUUCGUUACGUGAUUGUCGAAAAGAUGCCUCCGUCUUUGAGAAAUUGUGAGAUUGUUGUUAGAGAGGUUAAGAAACUCGAUCAGCUUCUCACAUUUACCAACGCCGUCCUUUUCUUUGGAGUAUUCACCGCGGUGGUGUUUUGCACCUGCUUGGCGCGAUGGGUAUGUGCGAAAAUUUACUAA